GCGCUGAUAAACAGUUGGCGCCGGCGCGAGAGACCAUCAAAGAAGGCAGAACACACAAGAUCAUACAUCCGACAGAAGAUCAUGGCCAGAAAAAGUGGACGCCAGCAAGCCAGAUCAUCUGAAAAUGGCAGCACACACAGCAUAACACGAGUAAAGAAAGAGCACAACAGGAUGAAAACGUUAAUCAAAAAGUGUAAAGGAGACACUCAGAAUGUAUGGAGGCGUGAUGUACUGCACAGGAUGGAAAGAGUUGUGGAGCUCUCUGAUCAAACACUAAACACAAGGCCGUCUCCUCUGCCAAUGCUCAGUUGGGGCAGCUCAGAGGAUGUUUGGGUGAAAAUGUUGAGUAAAGAAGUGAAGUAUCAACACAAUAAGAGCUGCUUACACAGACAUCCAUCACUGCAGCCCAAGAUGAGAGCUGUUGUGCUUGACUGGCUCAUGGAGGUGUCUGAGGCAUACACACUUCACAGACAGACGUUUUACCUGGCGCAGGACUUCUUUGACAGAUUUAUGUUGACGCAGAAUGACAUGAAGAAAGAUCGACUGCAGCUAAUAGGAAUCACUGCACUUUUCAUCGCCUCCAAAAUAGAGGAAAUCUAUCCUCCUAAGAUCACAGAGCUGGCCUAUGUGACUGAUGGAGCAUGUUUGGAGGAGGAGAUACUUCACAUGGAGCUGAUCAUGGUGAAGGCAUUAAACUGGGAUCUGUGUCCAGAGACUGUUGUGUCCUGGAUGAAACUGUACAUUCAGAUAGCAUCAGUGUACGACUUCACCAACCUACUCGUGCCACAGUUCUCUCAGGAAACAUACAUUCACAUCACACAGCUUAUGGAUUUGUGCAUUCUUGAUAUAAAUUCUUUGGACUAUAAAUAUGGAGUGUUGGCAGCAGCUGCUUUUUGUCACUUCAUGUCAGCUGAUGUAGUCCAGAAAGUAUCAGGUUUGAAGUGGGAGGCUGUCGAGUCGUGUGUUAACUGGAUGGCUCCGUUUGUAGAGACCAUGUUGAGUUAUGAGAACCCACAGCUCAAAGAUUUUGUGAAGGUGUCUUCAGAUGACAGACACAACAUUCAGACACAUGUGGACUACCUCUCCAUGCUGAAAGAGGCUCAACAGAAGCAUUCUAAAAGCCUGGAGGUGGCCCUCUUUCCCCCAACACCACCCAGCAGCACUGAGAAACCCACUGAACACUAGUGCGCUCAAACUACACAGGCACGAGACAUCUCAGCUGAACUGAAUUCUGGAG